UCCGGGCUUUGCAUAAUCUCGUCAAUGAACGAGAAUUCGACGCGACGUGAGGGAAUUGAUCAACAGAUUGAAAUAGAAAGAAUUUUUAAUUAUUUUUUAGGAUCAGACCAAAAUUCAUCAAGGUCUUACUACUAUGCAGAGAAAUCGUUGACAGGUAGACGUUGCAGGUGAGAUGAGUAACUCUGACACCAUUCCUGUGGUCAAGGAGGGGUACCUAUGGAAAAGGGGAGAGCACAUAAAGAACUGGAGGAAGAGAUAUUUUAUUUUACGACAGGACGGGUCUUUCCUGGGAUACAGAGCCAAGCCUGAACAUGGAUUGGGGGAUCCCCUCAACGACUUCACUGUUCGAGACUGCCAGCUAAUGAAACAAGAGAAGCCCAAGCCUAAUACGUUCAUUAUACGAGGUCUGCAAUGGACAGUGGUCGUGGAGAGAAUGUUUUAUGUGGAGAGUAACGAGGAACGAGAGGACUGGAUCGCAGCCAUUCGCUCUGUGGCCGAAAAUCUCAAGGUCACAGAAGAAGAGGGAGGGCUGCUGGAAAAGGAGAAAAAGAAAGUGUCAUUAGAUGACUUUGAAUUCCUCAAAGUUCUGGGGAAAGGUACAUUUGGGAAGGUCAUUCUAUGUAAGGAAAAGACAACCAACCAUCUGUACGCCAUCAAGAUCCUCAAAAAGCAGGUCAUCAUAGCCAAGGAUGAAGUGGCUCACACCCUAACAGAAAAUAGAGUUUUACAGACCACAAAACAUCCAUUUUUAACACAACUGAAGUACUCUUUCCAAACGCCCGACAGACUCUGUUUUGUUAUGGAGUACGUCAAUGGGGGAGAACUCUUCUUUCAUUUAUCACGAGAACGAAUAUUCAGCGAGGACCGCACACGGUUCUACGGUGCUGAAAUUAUUUCAGCGCUGGGAUAUUUACAUGAAAAUAAUAUCGUUUAUAGAGAUCUCAAGUUGGAGAACUUAUUAUUGGAUAAGGAUGGGCAUAUUAAGAUAGCAGACUUUGGUCUGUGUAAAGAGGAGAUGUAUUACGGUGCUAGUACCAAGACCUUCUGCGGAACUCCAGAGUAUCUAGCCCCAGAGGUGCUUGAGGACAAUGACUACGGCCGAGCGGUGGACUGGUGGGGGACGGGAGUUGUGAUGUAUGAAAUGAUGUGUGGAAGACUGCCCUUUUAUAAUCGUGAUCAUGACAUUUUGUUUGAACUUAUUUUGCUACAACAAGUCAAAUUUCCUCGCACGUUGUCGGAAGACGCUACCUCUUUGUUGUCGGGCCUGCUGGUCAAGGACCCCAAACAAAGGCUGGGAGGAACAGAGGAUGACGUGAAUGUGAUUAGGGUUCACCCGUUCUUCAAAAGUAUCAACUGGCAGGAUCUGGUAGAAAAGAAGAUUCAGCCCCCAUGGAAACCGGAUGUAAAGAGUGCCUGGGACACAAAAUACAUCCCUGAUGAAUUUGCCCGUGAGAACACGAUCUUAACACCACCAGGCCAGGAACAUUUGUCAGAGAGCAUGAGGCAUGAGUUGGAUGCCAUUGAUGAAGAGGGGGAACUCCCCUACUUUGAGCAGUUCUCGUUUCACGGGAACAGUAGCAAGAGUUUUGGCGGAUACCUGAGCGAGUCCGUGAGACAUACCGAUGAACUUUUCUAAUGUACCGGUGGAAUGACUUGAAGAGCAUACUCACACAGUCAUGUGACUCAGUGGGUGGAGUAAUAUGGUCAUGUGACUCGGUGGGAGGAGUUAUAUGGUCAUGUGACCAGAGAAUUGUACAGAAUGGUAGAUUAAUGCAAUCUCAGUAUUAAGAUAAAGAAUUAUUUAGGUAAAAAAAAUUUCCAUUCCUUGUACUUUAUAUUUUUUUUUUCUUUGAAGAAAAGUAAUAAUAUAUGUAUACUCUCAAGUUGUCAGUUUAGUAAUGCAGUUGUAAAAAACAGUAGUCCUUGCUGUUAACAAGAAAUCUUUUAUAAAUCUACCUCUGUUUUCAUGUUGUCAGUCAAUCAGAUCUUGAAACUUAUUUCAGCCAAAAAAAUACUUUGUGUAAAUUUUGUUUUGUAUUCUGUUAGAUCUGUAUUUCUGUUGUGGAUGUCCAAAUAUUGUCUUUGGUGCAAUAUUGUUCUAGCAAUAGAAAAAUCACUUGUUCUUGUCACAAAAUAUUUUUACUAAAUUCCUAUUUUUUGGGCCUAUAAUAUUCCGUAUAUUUUCUUUUUUCAUGGAGAAAAAGGUUUUUGAGAAAGUAACUGGUUACAUUGAGAUGUAAUUGAAUUCAGCAGUCUAGAAAUCAUUUUAAAAUGUAUGAUUGCAUUUUUAGCUGGUAGAACAGGUAUUAUACUUAUGUGUAAGGUUGCUUUAGUAUUUUAUGCUUUGGUGAGGUUUUAUUUGUAGGGAUGUAUUUUGCAUACAGCUGAUGUUAUAGUCUUAAUCAACCAAUCUAAAAACAAAUAAUUUAUCCUGUCAAUUUUCAUCAAAUAAGGUUAAGAUUCAUUAAGAUUUUCAGAUUUUUUUUUUAAAUAAGCUACUUUACAAGGUUCCGAAGAACACCUCUCCUGAAGUAAAACAAUUUCAAAGAUAUUGGACUGUUUUAAUUGUAUGAAUAUUUUUUUUUGGGGGGGGGGGGGUGACCGUAAAGAGACUAGUUGGUGAAAAUAACUAAAAAGGAGAGUGCUUGAAUCACGGUUUCCAUCCACCCUUGAAGAAUACCAAAUUCGGAGGGGGAGGGGGGGGGUUGCUGGUAAAAUGUUAUGUUAUUGUUGUUUACAUAAAAAGUUGAUAUGUAAUACUAUUAGGUUACUUAACUGAGAAAUAAUCAAUUAAGAAAGUUUAAUUACUUUGUUCCAUCCAUCUAGUUUUAUUUAUAAUUACCUAUUUUAUACUGAAAAUAACCUAGUCAACAUUUUCUUACUUGUUAAUUAGAGUAGAUAUAUCAUUCUGCAGGUUGACUUACAGAAAUUGAAACAAUAUUUUGCAUACUAGCAGUAAUUUAUAUAUACAUACAAGUGGUUCUGAAAACAUUGGAUGACAUGCAGUAAAUUUUAGGCACUAUUUCAAAAAAUAAUUAAGGGGUGGGGGGGGGUGAAGUGCCAGAUUUUGAGAAAUGAAAAUUAUGAUGGGAAUGAAGAAAAACAAGUCAUGGCAUUUAUUUCCGCAAAAGUGAAAACCAAGUUCUUAUUACAAGUGUUUUUAUUUUUGCACCCUAAUGUAGCAGAUUUCCUGGAUAUAUUAAACAGGUAAUAUAAUGCAGAUUAGAAAAACAUAUGAGGGCUGUAGAUUGUUUGCUGUUGUAAACAAAUGGGUUCUUUCUCAAUCAAAAUGGGAUAUUAAUGGUACUUCCUAUAAGAUACGUUAUUAAUUUCUAUGAUUCCAGUAUUUCAUAAUAUAAAUGGGAACUUUUGUAUUCUUGGGAUGGGGCAGGUGGAUUUUUUUUGUUCUUUGGAGAUAUUUGAUUAUGUCUGUUUUUUUUUCUCUUUUUAUUUGUAAACUGAGAUUAAUCAAUGCUUAACAAUGUAAAUCAUGUUCCUUAUGAAAUCCUUUUUUAUAUAGAUAUGUUCUGUUGUGUUUUUAUGCUGUUAAAAUUUUUGCUAUCAUGAUUUUAAUAGAUUAGUCGUAUUUGUCGUCUCUGCAAAACAAAAUAUCUGUUAUAUUCCUCUACAGUUCUUACAGAGAUUUAAAAAAAAUUGAUACCACGUAUUCAUAUAUUUAUAGCACAUUAUUAAGUUUUUCUUUCACAAGGUUUUUUUUACAGUUUUUAUGUUGGUGUUUUAUUUUAAGCCCCCCGAUUUUAGACCCCCCAUUUUUUACACCUGUUGAGAUACUAUUUUUAUUACAUCUGACAGCUUUAAUAAUACAGACAGCACAAAGAAAAGGUUCUUCCAAUCUUACAUACUAAUAAGGACCAAUGUUAUAAUGUUGUGUGUUAAAAGUACCAAUAAAGUUGUUCAAAAAGGUG